AUGCUUGCCUCAAAAACGACAAGUGUCAACGAUGAAAAAAGCAUCAGACUCGAUUUCAAAAUUGAGCAACGAACUACGAAAGUCUCUCGUUUUUGGCACCAAUACAGAUUACAGUUUCUGUGCUUCAUGAUUGCUUGGACACUGAUCGAGCUCUUCUUGAUUCGAAACACUUUCACCGACAACCAUGACUGUCGAUAUUCAUGGAGACCCUACCGAGAUUUCAUCGAAAACCCGACAAGACGAUCCGAGAUUCUAGCAAUCAUCUUUUUUUCCAUUCUCACUUCACCGCCCUUCUUCCUUGUUCUCAUGUUGACUCUUUUAUUGCUUGUAGUUGAAAAUUGCCUAAAAUCCUUCCUUCCCAGCACUGCUGACUUCUUCACUCGCUUCGCUGUUUGCAUUUGUUCAUCAAUUCUCCUAGUCUUCUAUCUCUUUUACCCAUCUCUUCAGUUUGAAGAGGCAUUCAUCUAUUUGAACAUCUAUGAUUGUCAUCAAAAGAAAGAGAUAAUGAAAGAUCCAUCGAUCAAUAAA